AAAUCCAAACCGCUCCCUUUCCCUCCACUCCCCUCUUCCACCCUACAUCCUCACCCUUUCGCGCACUCCAUCCUAGACUCCAACCAUGGCUGGACCACCUCCGCGAGCUAAGCAUGCUCCUCCAGUCUCAUCUCCACUUGUUACCCCCAGCCGCCGACGCAACCGUCGUGUCAAGUUUGGAGCACGCCAAUGCCGCCCAAAGACUUCAACUAAAGUCCGACUGGCUUACGCUCCCUCCUUCCCUAUCAUCACUGCUAGUGCAUCCCACUCUUACCGACUGAUUGCCAGGGGACCUCUAUCCCCCAUCAUCCGUCUCAACCCUACCCAAAAGUCUCUCAGGGAGGACGUCUUGAACCGAGUUUACCCUGUAGCCAUCCCACGCCCUACUCCUACUCCUACUCCUACUCCUCUCCGCCCUACUCCUCUCAAGCGCCGCCGAGCAGAUGAUGAUGACCAGGGACCACCCAAGAAGCGCAGGAAGUAA